GUCACUUCCGGCAACAAUAGGAAACGUCAAAAGUCGGACCGUCGGUCGCUCUGGAUGUUGCAGCUUGAGGUGCGCUGAGUUCAGAGGGAUCCUGUGCUUCUUCUGCUAUUCUCGCUGCUGAUACCUCCACCGGCGUGGACAAGUAAAGUUUGAACCGGCAUCUCCAUGGCCUGGGCACCAGUUCCCGGCUGAGCCAUUUUCUUAUUGACUAAAAGCCCCCGCCCAGAGGCCGAUUCGUCGCGGCGGCGGUGGGGAUCGCAGGUCGCUCAGAGAGAUCACAUGAAGAUGGAGAGGCAGGCAGAGAGGGAGAUAGAGGGAAGCAGGCUCCCUGCUGAGCAGAGAGCCCGACGUGGGACUUGAUCCCAGGACCCCGAGAUCACAACCCGAGCCGAAGGCAGCGGCUUAAUCCACUGAGCCACUGAGGCUUGCAGAUGGGUCAGGGGCUGUGGAGAGUGGCCAGAAACCAGCAGCUACAGCAAGAAGGUUAUAGUGAGCAAGGCUACCUCAGCAGAGAGCAGAGCAGGAGGAUGGCUGCCAGCAACAUUUCUAACACCAGUCAUCGUAAACAAGUCCAAGGAGGCAUUGAUAUAUAUCAUCUUUUGAAAGCACGGAAAUCUAAAGAACAGGAAGGAUUCAUUAAUUUGGAAAUGUUGCCCCCUGAGCUAAGCUUUACCAUCUUGUCCUACCUGAACGCAACUGACCUCUGCUUAGCUUCAUGUGUUUGGCAGGACCUUGCGAAUGAUGAACUUCUCUGGCAAGGGUUGUGUAAAUCCACUUGGGGUCACUGUUCCAUUUAUAAUAAGAACCCACCUCUAGGAUUUUCUUUCAGAAAAUUGUAUAUGCAGCUGGAUGAAGGCAGCCUUACCUUUAAUGCUAACCCAGAGGAGGGAGUGAACUACUUUAUGUCCAAGGGUAUCCUAGAUGAUUCACCAAAGGAAAUAGCAAAGUUUAUCUUCUGUACAAGAACACUAAAUUGGAAAAAACUGAGAAUCUAUCUUGAUGAAAGGAGAGAUGUCUUGGAUGACCUUGUAACGUUGCAUAAUUUUAGAAAUCAGUUUUUGCCUAAUGCACUGAGAGAAUUUUUUCGUCAUAUCCAUGCCCCUGAAGAGCGUGGGGAGUAUCUUGAAACUCUCAUAACAAAGUUCUCACAUAGAUUCUGUGCUUGUAACCCCGAUUUAAUGCGAGAACUUGGCCUUAGUCCUGAUGCUGUCUAUGUACUGUGCUACUCUUUGAUUCUACUUUCCAUUGACCUCACUAGCCCUCAUGUGAAGAAUAAAAUGUCAAAAAGAGAAUUUAUUCGAAAUACCCGUCGUGCUGCUCAAAACAUUAGUGAAGAUUUUGUAGGGCACCUUUAUGACAACAUCUACCUUAUUGGCCAUGUGGCUGCAUAAAAGCACAAUUGCUAGGACUUCAACUAUUAACUUCAAACUAAAGUUACCCAAGGACUUAUUUAGCAGAUAUGGGGGUUACAUUAGUGCUGGUCAUUCUAGCCUCUGUAUACAAUCAAGCUCGAGAGUACAUCUUUUUUUUUUCCCUUUUACUAUUUUCUUUUUUAGUAAUUUCCUUGGGGAACUAAAGAAUUUUGCAGAAUUUUUCUUAAUUUUGCUUAUCAUGUUUUGCACAAAGCAGAGCCAUUGCCUGACACAGCUGUUUAAGAAUGUUCAACUGACAUUAUACUCUAAAAGAUGGUAUAUUUGUGCAUUAGAUUGCUUGAAAAACUACUCAUUUUCAUUCUUUUUUAAAAUACCAUGUAAUGUGUACAUAUUUAACUGAAGAGAUUUAUAAUCAUAAUUAUUUUAUUGUAAAGAUUUUAACUAAAGCCCUUCCUUUUUCUCUCAAACUGAGUUCUGAAAUUUAUUUGAUUCUGAUAUGAGCUUAUUACUGUCUUCAUAAAAGUUGAAUCUGAGUUGGAUAAAGACAAAUACCAGUUUCUCUUUCCUUUGAACUUUAUAAGAAUAUAGAUUUAUUACUAGUAAUAAGCAAAACAGGCACUUAUUUUUAUAAUAUAAAUUCGUCACUCGACUUUCCAUUUUUAAAAGUUCUGAGUUAGUCAUUUCUCAGUAAGUCCUUUAAACUAUUUGAGAUAGCAAAAUAUGUUGAAAUAUAGGAUUCCCAUACAUAGGAACAGAAUGCUAUUAAAACUUAUAUCUCUUGUAAUUAUUCAAAAUUUGCCAUUCUCUUAACUUGAUAAUUUCUGUUUACAAUCACUUGAGAAAGGGGUAUUGUGAGUCAGUCAUCCAAUAAUAUUUACCAAGGACCUUCUGUGUACUAAACUCUGUGCUAGGUAGCAGCAAUACCUAGACAUGGGCCUUGCCUUCAUCGAUGUUACAUGAUUGAUAAGGAAAAAUACUGCUUCUUGGAGAGCAUAUGUAUGAAGCAUAGCUUAAUUAACAAUUAUUUAAUUAUGAAACACUUAGCAUUGAAAUGAUAAAGAAGAAUAUAUUUAUAUGGUAAGUCAAAAGUUUCCUGGAAAUAUUGCUAAGUGAAAAGCAUCAGCUUUGAAAUGAGACACUAUGUGAUGAUGAGUAGAGCUGCUAGUUUAGGGGGUGGAACUUGGAAGAUUAGAAACUUUUUACUGAAUAUGUACAGUCCAAGCUUCUUUCCAUAUCUGGUCCUAAGUAAAUAGUGGUUGAUAUUAUUACAACUGCAAGUGAUGUCCUAUAGAAUUUUCAAUGGCAAGACAUAAGGUAGUCAAACAAUUCUGGACGUCAAGGGGACUUUUAGAACGGAAGUAAACAAGUUUUCAGAUCUUGAGGAAAAUACCUAAAUUUUCACAUGUGCAUAAUAUUGAAUUCCAUAACAAGAUACUUCUUUGUAAUUUUUAACUUCAAAAUUAAUUUAUUGGAAAGUUUCAGAAGACCAACAAUAAUAAUAACAUUUUAUCAUUUCCAUUUUCCCAUUAAUCUCCUUUUCUUUCUCUCUCCCCCGCCCCAUCCCUAUCUCUCCCUUACCAUUUGGUUCUUUCUACCUCUGUUUUAAUUUUACUCUCUUUUCUUUCCUUCUUUAUAGUUUUUUGUAUCCUCCAUUUCACAGUUUUCCCCUUUGUCGUGUUUUAUUUUCUCCACCCUGACUUGAUUACAAACGUAGAUGGGCAGUAUUCUUUUUUUAACAUUUUCUCACGAAAAUUUUCAAACAUAUAAAAGUUAAGAUAUAUUUUACAGAGAAUGUAUAUAUAACCACUAUGUAGGUUCUACAGUUAAAAUAUUACUGCAUUCACUUUAGCACGUAUUUAUCCAUCCCUCUAUCCACCAAUCCACCUAUCUUACUGUUUAAAUACAGGUAAUACAAGUUUCGGACAUCACAGUACUCUUUCUUCCUAUAGAAUUCAACUUGUAUAUUGUUAGCUAAAGAUCUACUUUUUUAAAAAAAGUUUUUUAUAGGUAAAAUUUGCAUUCCAUGAAAUACAUAAAUGUGAAGUGUACUAAUCCAUGAAUCUUAAUAAAUGCAGACACUUGAAUAAACCAAGCCCGUAUCAAGAUAUACAACUUGACACAACCUAUUUACAGUUAAUAUUUGUACCACUUCACAUAAAAUAUAGAAACCUCGUAAUCGUACAGGGUGUUUACCCACUUCUUCCAUUUGUUAUCUUACAGUUGUUCUAUGAAUUGCAGAUAGCGUACAGUACAGACUCCACACCAUAAUAAUUUACUUUGAGUAGUCGUGUACACUUUAAACAAGGGGAAAAAAACCUCAUUUAUAUUGACCCACAUUGUCAUUUCCAACACUUUUUUCCUUUUGAAAAUCCAAGUUUCCUUGUAACAUCAUUCAUGUCCUCCUGAAAAAUAUCACCACCUAUAUGACUGUUCAGGUAUGCUGGCAAUGAAUUAUCCUAGUUUCCUUAUACAUGAAAAUGUCUUUACUUUGUUUUCCUUUAUGAAGAGUGCUUUGCUGCAUAUGUAAUUCUGAAUUGACAGUUUAUUCCCACCCCCCUUUCAUACUUUAAAGAUAGUCCUCCACUGUCUUCUGGCCUCCAUUGUUUCCGGUAAGAAGUCAGUAUAUUGAAAUUGUUUUCUCCCUUUGUGUAUAAAAAAAAAAAAAACUACUUCCCUCUGAAAGUGAAAAUUUUGUCAUAUAUUUCUCAAUCUCAUUUUUCUUUCCUCCCCUUUUACAUAUGUGCUAGAACUUUUGAUAUCAUCUCAUAGAUUUUUUUUUCAUCUUUUUUUCCUCUUCAGUUGGAUUAUAUCUGUUGAUCACUGUUCUAGGUCACUGACUUUUCUGUAAUCCCUUUUAAGCUCAUUCAGUGAACUUUUUUUAACUACUAUACUUCUUAAUUCUAGAAAUUCCUUCACGUUUUUAUAAUUUAUAUGUCUGUGCUGCUUCGAUUUCCUAUCUUCAUUUACUGCAAGCACAUUUUCCCUUACAACCUUGAACAUAGUUAAAUAGCUGCUUUAAAUCUUUAUCUGCUCAUUUCAUCUUCUUCAAUUGCCUCUUCUUUUGAGAAUAGACUAUAUUUUCCUGUUUCUUCAUAUGUUAGUAAUUUAGACUUUGUCCUAGACACGGCUAAUAAAAUAUGUAGAAAUCUAUGUUAUAAUACAUUUCUCCAAAGACUCUUUUUUUAAAGCUGGAAGUUAACUGGCAGAACUCAGUUGCAAGCUCUUGCUCCCCUGAAGUACUUCAAAUGUCCGUUCCCUUCUUUAACCUGGAAUCUUUUGUGUGUGUCCACAGUUUAGAGAGAAGCCAGAGUGUGUGGCACAGUUCAUACACAGAAAUUAGGGAGCUCACUCUUCUUUUCUUUCCAUUAUUUCUAUUUCUAUAUCUUCCUUUUCUUGCAGCUACUGUUGCCCCAAACUCUGCCCCAGGGUUCUUCAAGUCUGUAAAACUAAAGGCUCCAAUGAUUCAGCCGGAGGGCUGCCUUCAGGCAAAAACUAUAAAAUGGGAAAUUCAUCUCCUAUCUUCUUCUUCCAAGUACUCUCUUCAGUGUCAGCCUGAAAAAAAAAAAAUAUUACUGAUCAGCCUUUAUUGGGUUGCUUUCCAUUUCUAUACUUUGUCCAGAGUUUGUGGUUUUAUCUCUUCAAGGGCUUGUCUGAAAGAGCCAUCGGUUGAAGUAGACCCCUCCUGAAUUGGGCAGUAUUCUUUUUACUACUUUCUAUACUUACUGAAUAGGGAUUUAUUCCUGGCAUCUUAAAAACUAGGUGAGUAUAAGUUUACAUGUUUAUUUUUAAAAACCCCAUCAUAAUAAACAUUUACUGAAUGCUUAACUUAGUUCAGUAUUUUCCGGUGAGGUCCCACUGGCUUUUGGAGAAGGAUGUUCAUUAUGGGAGACCGCUCCCUACAGCAGAGAACAUCAACAUGCCUGGAUUUUGCCUGCUAGAUGCCAGUAGCAUCCCUCAGUUAUUGUGACAUACAAAUAAUGUCCCCACAUGUUUCCAAGUGCCUAAAGUUUGGAACUAGUGGACCUUCCUUCUGAUAUAACAAACUUAUCUUUCUAAAACACAAGCUCCUUUUGACACCUCUGUUUCAAGUACUCAAUUUCUACAAAAUUUCAAGUACUCCUUUCUACAAAAUUAAGCCUCCUCAGCAUGGCAUAAAGGGUUGUAUGAUCUGGGGGCACGAAGGUGGCUCAGUUGGUUGAGCAUCUGACUCUUGAUUUUGGCUCAGGUUGUGAUCUCAGAGUCCUGGAAUUGAGCCAAGAGUCAGGCUCCCUGCUCAGCAGGGAGCUUGCUUCUCCUGUCCCUCUGCCCCUCCCUACCCAUCCACACACACACACUCUCUCUCUGAAAUAAAUAAAUCUUUAAAAACAAACAAAAAAGGCUAUACAAUCUGGCCUCGGCUUAUCUUUCUUUCAAGCCUUGUCUCCAACGUCCUCAAAUGUGAUGCGAUCUGAUCUUUGUCUUUUACAAGCUGGUCUUUCUGUGAUGUCUUGCUCUCCCUUCUGUAUCUAAAGUUCCCCUACUCAUCAUCCAAGAUCCACCUCAAAUAUAGCUUAUUCAGCAAAGCUUUCAAAGACUGGCUUUCUAUUAUAAGGGCUAAAUUAGGUAAGUGGCAGAGGACUUAGGAGGAAUGAAUAAAAAAUAAAAACUGAAAAUUGAUGGUGUUUAGUGAUUUUGAAGGAACCAAGUUUGAUAAAAGGGUCUAGUUUUCCUACUAUCAAAGGUAGCUACUAAGAGAAGCAACCAGUGGAGUGAUAUGGAGCAGAUGUGAUCCCCAGUUAUUUUGAAUUUGAAAGUAACAAUGGAAUUUUGGUUGCAGCUAGAGAAUAAGGCUAGGAAAAAAAUCAGGGCUGGAUAAUGUAAGUUUGGAGGUCUUACUGGUAUUUAAAAGGUAUUUUGUUAAGUGAAGCACUGGAGAAAGCUCCUCUAGAAGGUUUGUUGAGUAAAAAGAAAUGUUUGGGAAACACAACAUUUUAGGUUUUGGUAGAGAAAAUGAGGGUUUGUGAAGACUAUAGAAGGACCAGAGAAGAAUGGUGGCCUGAGAGCUAGGGAAGCCGAGUUUCAAGAAGGAUGCUGAGUUUGCAUUUGGUGCUGCUCAACCAAGUAGUUUUUUUUCCCAUCUACACUCAAGCUUCUUUUGUCUACCUUUUCCACUUAAGGCUGAGUUCUUUCAUUACAGUAGUGCUAAUGGCUUUUAUAUUGUCUCUGACCAAAUAUUCUCUUACCCAACACGUAAUCUGAGCUCUGCUGAAACCCACAAGAAUACUUAUGGUCCUCCGCAACUCAGGCCUGUCUACACCUUCCCUCCCCACUAAGGGCUGUGCUGUUUCAAGGCCAGAACAUACCAUACCAACUGCUGCUAGUGCAUUUUUCCUAUGCAUGAUUACCAGUUCUGUUUUCUAAUAUACAGGUUAAUUUGUGGGGUUUUUUUGGGUUUUGUUGUUUGUUUGUUUUUGGUUUUGUUUUUUUUAAGAAAAGAAGGCAAAGAAAAAAGUGCUCAAAAACUUUUGAGUUCUCCAGAUUUAUCAUUAGGGUUUUUCCCAAGUACAUUUUUUAAAACUAAUACUCUCUAAUCUCAAUGAACCCUGCAUUUUCAUUCUUCCAUUAUAUUUGCUUUUUUUUUUUUUUUAAUAAUUGUAACCGCUCCCUCACAUUUACCUGUUAAAAUGUUAUUUGCCCUUCAAAGUCCUCUUAGAUUCUUUACUCUCCAGGGUAACUGUUCCAGUUCUUUCAGGUGGAAAUUUUAUUCUUUUAUCUGCCUCAGUACCUAGCAUAGACCUUGGACAACUGAAUUAUUUUAGAUCUGGUUUAGUUUGUACAUAAGCACAUAGGGAGAUGGUUUUACUAUGUCCACUUUUUAAAAAUAUAUUUGGAGCUUUCAGUUGUACACAACUUAUAAAUUGGAACAUAUUAGAGUUAACUUCUUAAAAAUAUUUAAAAACUCAUUCAACCUCUAUUUUAUUCUUGAUAUAAAUUCAUCUCUAGAGAACUUCUGAUCUUAAAUAUUUGGAUGAAUCACUACUUUAGGACUGUCUUUUUUUUAAUUUCAAGAGUUUAAGCCAUUGAUCUUUUUACUUCUCUAAAUUGAUCUUUUACAUUUUUUACAGUAUGAUUAAUAUGGUGCUUGAUGACAGUAAGCGUAUUCAGAAGUCUUAACAUUUAAGAUAACAACUUGUUUAUUGUAAUUUGAGUCUGUUUUCCUCUGUUUAAAGUGAACUCCUUACAUGUCAUACUGUUAACUUCCUAGUUCUUUUUUAAGUAUUCAUAACUGAAUAUGUCUAUUGUGAGAAGCCAUCCUAAGGAAAUAAUUCAAAAUAAGCAAAAGGCAAAAGGCAAGACUUACAUCAUUAGUUCUGCAAUUGUUUUUAAUUUAAGGGAAAAAGAAACAACAACAACAACUGGAAUGCCCAAAACUUGGGGCUGUUCAAGGAAAUAACUAGCAGAUAUUUGAGAACAUGCUAUGUAUGAGACACUAUGCUAGGCACUGGUCAAGUAGACCAAAAUACAUCCUCAUCAUAUAUAAUCCUGAAGCUAUGAUGUUUAUAAAUAAUGUAGAAAGCAGUUACAAAUCAUGAUGAAUACCAAAAGAAUAUGAAAUUAUGCAUAUAUGUAUGUAUGUGUAUGUGUGCACACCUCACAUUACAAUUACUAUGUAAAAUGCCACAAAAAUUUGAUUGGAAAACAGACACUAGAGUAAAAUAUACCAAGAUAUGGAUAAUGAUCUCAUUUCCUCUUUCAAAUAUUAUUAAGGAUCAUAUAUUUUCAAUAGAACUAAAUAAAUUCCCUGAACUAUUCAGAAAAUAAAGAUAAAUGGUGUCCCCAAAUUAACCAAUAUAGUUUCCCCCAGAAUGUUUCCCUGUAUUUUUAUUCAAAAUGUGUUUUAUUUUUAAAAGACACUUGGUUGAUCUGUUAAAUGAUUUCUGGACAAAUGUUUUGUUUUCAAGCUUCAAAAAGUGGAUUGUUUUAUAUUAUUUUUGUCUCAUCGAAUUAAAGGCCAACAAGAGAAAGAUACCAAAUCUUUACUGAGGAAAUUUUCAUUUGUUUAAAAAAAAAAAAAAUGGCUUUCUUCUUGGUGCGGUUGGACAGGAAGGUUGGAUUUAAUUUAAAAUGAUUAAUGAGAUUUUGUCAGGCUCCUUGACUUUACCACCACUGCAGUUCGUCAGUGCAACAACCCGGGGAGCCCGGACGCCACUCUGUCGCCCAAAACCACUCUCCAGGGAGAAAAUUAACUGGCAGAAGUAGUGCCAGGUACACGUCAAUGGCCUUGUCUCCUGGGUAUCGACAGUUUAAAAGUCUGAAUCAGAAAUAUGUAAGUUUUGGAGAUACACAUACCUAAAAUAAUGUUUUCACUCAUAAAUAUUUCAGUAGGGGAAAAAAAAAUUUAAGUUGUUGAUGCUUUCCAAAGGAAACUGUAAAGCCCAGCUCUUCACUAAUGUCUCUCCUCCCCAAUUUAUUUGAAAAAUUAAAAUAAACGAGGAUUCAAUGA